AUGGCUUCCGAUGCAGCGGCAAAUGCCGUAAACCACGAGGCGGGGCAAGUGAUCUGGCAGGAUUCAUGCUGCCAGAGUUGCACGCGGCCUGGAGCCCCUUGUCAGGUACCUAUAGUACCUGCGGUGGCGCUCGGCCACGUGCCCGUAGCUGGGGACGGCAAUUGUUUAUUCCAUGCCUUGGGCUAUUUGGAUGCGCGGAGUGGGGCAGCACUCCGCAAUGAGGUGGCGGCCUUCAUGGUGGAGCAAGCAUGCACGCAGGCAGGUUUCGAAGAGGCUUGGCUUGAAGAAGCCGAUGAACUUCUACAAGGCACGUGGGGAGGGCACACCGCAAUCACGGCUUACUCCCUCAUGAAGCACGUUCGCGUGGAGAUUCACACAAUCCAGCCCAAUGGAGCAGCCUUGGUAACGGAUGCCAGCCAUGCCAACGUGAUCAACGAUACAGAGGCGCCGCUACGCCGCAUCCUUUACAGCAAUGAAAACCACUACGAUGCUGUCAUGGAGCUGCUCCCCAACCCGCAAGGCUGGAUUCCGGCAUGGGAACAACCGCUGCCAGUUAUCUAUUACAAAGAAGGCAAAGCACAGGAAGCCCCAAAGCCUCAAGAAUUUCCACCGUUGAGGGAGGCUGCUCACAGCAGCAACCGCAAGCAGCCCAGGCUCACUAGGCCCAGAACAAUUGGAAAGCAAGCCAGAAAGCGCAGGGGAAAACAACUUCCCACCCAACCAGCGCAGGAGGAUUCAGAAGGCAAGCCUAAAAACCAACCUGUCGAUAUAGCGCAACCCCCCGUUCUGAGACGAUGCACUACCAAGACAACUCCUCCGCCAGAGCUGCGCGAAGACAUCCUCACCGAGCUUUGCAAAAUUCCUGUGAAACCGCGGAUGGCCCACCCGCAUCGGAAGCAAGAGGACCUCAUCAAGGACGAACUGGCCCUGAACAAGUUGCGCGAGCACCCGACCUUACCCACGGACGAAAAGCUGGGGGUAGUGGACCACGGCGAACUGUGGCCACGUGCCUUUUGUGCUUUUGUUGGAUGCUGCUGGAUGGAGAUGGAUGGUAAUGAAAGCCAGCUACAUGCACACCUCCAAGCUGAGCACGCGGACGAGCUUGCUCCAAUUGCUGCAUGCAUGAUGCGAGGCAACGCCGAAGAUGCUUUCCUCAGCAUUUACAACGAGGCUGUUGCCACGAAAUGCCGUAGCCAAGCUCCCCUUGCAGGAUCCUCCCUUGACCGCAGGGCGCUGAACUCAUUCAACAAUGCGUGUGCCGGCAACAAGGUGGAAGCCCUAGUGUGCUUCGUUUGUGCUUGCACUUACACAUAUGUGGAAGAGGUUGCGCAGGAAGGGAAAAGCGACAUCGAUUGGGUACAACCCUUCAAGCCCGACAUCGAUGCAGAGGAGCUUCUCUUCUUGGGCCGGCCCGUCGACGAAACAGGAAACCUCUUGAGCUUGCAAACCUUCUUGGAACGCUACGGCAAAGUCUCGGGCACGACCACCCUUCAGGAGCACGAGAGCUUUGAUGAUUGGUGUUUGACCUGGCCCAGCAACGCCACUGCAGGCAAGAAGAUCCUCUGUUGCCCCGAGGACCGCCGCUGCCCCAGCGGACACGAUGCCUAUGACUUUGACCUCUGCGGCGACUGUCAGCUUCCCAUGUGCAGCAAAUGCAAGGAGUCACUGUCCAAGGGCGAACUCCCUGCGUUGGCCCUGGCAAAUGACAUGUGGACAGGCUAUGCGCCACAGCGUCUCAUCGAGCAAAAGGUCACAGUUAUGGAGGCAAUUUGCGCCAGCCCCUGCGUGACCACCCUGAUUUGCAUGACCAUGGAAGCCAGGUAUGAGGACAAUGUCCGGCAAGAGGCUCAGGAAGCUGAGCCGCUGAAUUCCAACGCGCAAAUGGCAAGGCAUCGCUUCGGCGCGCGGGGCAAUGCCCUCACAUUUCCACUUCCGCUGGAAGACUUGUUCCUCGCUUUGCAAGGGCACGAGCAAGACCGUCAGGAAGGAAAGCCGCUGCAGCUGCCACGGGUCGGCGCAGAGCUAGCCCACGUAGCAAGGGUGCUGCUCAAGACUAACAAGGAAGGGGCCACAAGCGAGAAAGACAUCAAAACCUUGAUCCAUCAGGCCGUUGUGCGAAGAGAGGUAGUGGUGGACCUCAUCCUGGACAUGCGCGCGCUAGGUCACCCCGCCUAUGCAUGCGUGGAUGAAGCCACGGUGCUACGCAGGGCAGCCGACCUACCUGAGAAGGGCGUCCCUCCUGAGGUUUGGAAGAUCUUGCAUGAAACCGUCAGCACCCACGACAAUUUGCAGCCGCAGAAAGCCGCCACCCCGUGCGACGCGAUGGUACAGUUGGAUGGAGCCGGAAAGACAUUUGCAGCGCAAAGGGCGCGUGCAAUUGUGGCGGAAGGGGAGAGCCGCAAGGAAGCCAAUGCAAGAGAAGUUGCUGCUUUAAAGGAGCUACAGGAAAAUUUGCUGACAGAGACGCAGAAGCAAGUCAACGCAGCACUCCUGUCACUGGAAGUGCGCACGGGCAACAAAUUUCUGGACCAGUUUCGACCAGAUUACUUUGCCACGGCCUUUCCUUUCUGCUUCAAAUACGCAACUGCUUGCCCUGAUGUCGUGAACACAACAAAGGCGCAGGGAGGAGAGGGCGAACUAGCGGCAGCACCAGAGGAGCAACUACCACGUCGUCAAGCUGGCAACCCCAAGGCGCCACCGGUUGGUAUCAAAGAAUGGGCUGUUGCUAUGGCGCGGAGGGUGGAAACCCAAUUCAAGAGAGACUGGACCUUUGGCUUCACUCUUUGGAACUACUUGUUUCGCACCCUUGUGAAUCUCCAGCAGAAUGCAUUCAUGUACGCCAUUCCGGACCCCCUGGGGCACGGCCACAAGCGCAUGCUCACCAAUGAGGAGAUUGCCGACGGCAGCCUCGAAGUUAUGGGCCGGCUGCACAACGGCCUGUAUACGGACAUCACUGGCGCACUGAAGCCCGUGAACGGUGACUUCACCAAACUUCGGCACGUGCCCGGUCUCAGCCUGGCUGCGCAGAAGGUUUUGAGCAACACCGAAGCCCGGACGCGCCACAUUCCAGGCACCCAUGAGAUUCGCAAAACGAUGCGGCAUCAAACCAACGGCAACCGCGUUUGCUAUGGAACUGCUGUUUUUAUCACCUUUUCGCCAAGCGAUCGCCAUGACAGACUCAGGGUCCGGCUAACCCGGGCUCGGCAAUCCGAUCCGGCCGUUGUUGCGGAUGGCAGCGCUAAGUUUCAGCAAAGGCAAAACCCCGCCCUGGACAUCGACUACAUUACUUUGUCGCCGGAAGCUUUGGCCGAGGAGUUUUUGCCCUAUGAGGAAAGGAAACAAUUGCUGGCGAGAGAUCCCUUGGCAUGCACGGAAGGGUUCCAGACAUUGGUGCUGCUCACGCUACGCCACCUCUUCGGAAUACGAUAUUGCCGCAAUUGUCCGGAUUGCGCGCAGUCAAAGAAUCCGUGCAUGGAUGCGUUUGGCAGCAACGCAACAGCCAUGGGUGGGAUCUUUGGCCGCAUGGAUGCCAUAUACGGUUCCCUCGAAUGCCAGAAGAGCGGAAAUCUUCAUAUCCACCUGCAAGCUUUCCUGCAAUGUUGCCACCAAUUCACUUCCUUGUCGGACUUGCAAAAGUUGGCCGAGAAGCCCCUCCUGGAGAUGCUCCGCGGCUGCACUAGCUACACCAGCCACGUUCAGCGAAAGGUCUACAGCAACCAAGAGGCAUGGGAAAAAGAACGGGCUGAAGUAGAAGCCGCCUGGCCAGAAUUCAAAACUAGCACUCUCAUGAGCAGCUGCCCCGCUUACCAAGUAGACGAUGCCAUGGAGCCGAAGGCGUGGAGAGCAGCGUAUCUAGACCAAGAUGUGGAGGCAUUGCAAAAAAGGUUGCAGCACCAUGUCCACUUGCCAGGACCUGACGGCAAGCGACUACCUUUGAAACAUUGCCAAGAUUCCAAAGACCCGACGAAAUGCAAGAGUGGCUUUCCACGCACAGCUUGGUUGACUGAUCAGCCCUUCGUCAUUUGCCCCGCCUUGGCAGAACAGAAGGGCAUGCCGCACAAAGGGAAGCGAAGCAUGGUCGGGUUGUCCUGGGGCCCUUGCAACGAACCGAACCUCAAUGGCACCCAUCCCGCCUUGCUGGCAGCCCUUCGUUGCAACAGCGAUGUGCAGCCGCCCUACAGGUUCCCGAUCACGAACAUGACGCACAGCAGUGAUCUUUGCGUAGGCACGUGCCACAGAUUGCCAAUCCAGACUUUGGUCCACGAGGCCCAAAUCAAUCAAGCGGCGCAGGCAGGCUACGCGGCGGACUACCAAAACAAGCGGCUACCAGUUGCGGUCCACGAAUGCAAGGAAUGGAUGAAGGCUCAGAGAAAUUUGGCGGAAGAGCUCCAGGAUAAGAAGCAAGGCUAUGUAGGUGCCAGGCUGAGCAAGCGCCUCAUUACAGAUUGUUACGCCCGCGGUGUUUGCCGCGGCGCCGUGGAAUGCACAAACCUCACCCUGCAUGCAGAGCUCACCCAAAAGGACCCCACCAAAGCAGAAAGCGUCAAAACGGCUCCUACCACUGAGAUGGCCUUGGGAUAUGCCUUGCGGCUAUUGGAGAAGACAACUGCGCGUGAGCCCUGGCCAACAGAACCCAAACGCAUGCAGGUGGAUGCCCGCAACUACAACCGGAAGAAGCUGAUAGAUUGCCCUUUCUGGACUGCAUAUGGCGGCCGGGGCCGCGCUGCUGAGGUGCACGCCCUGUCAGCAUACGAGUUUGCUCGGCACUACCGCUUCAAGAUGGCCAAGCAUCCGCAGAGUGAGGUGAUCGAAGCCAAGCAUCCAACCCUCCGUCCCGGUGCAGACUACCAGAUCAGAGAAGGUGGGGGCGCAGGGUGGCUGUGCUUGGGACGUGGGGAACGCGUCGACCCUGCCUACCGCCACGACUGGGUCGUAGUGCCUAGACAGCGGCCGUACGUACCGGUACUAUAUGGGGCUCAAGGCAGCAAGUCCGAAGAGGAGCAGGCCAUGAAAUUGCUGCUUCUGUUCUUCCCUUGGGUCGACGACAUCAAGGAUGCAAGUGCCGCCGUCCCCUAUAUCGGCAACUUCUGGUCACAACACACAACCACGUGGCGGCAAGCCUUGCGAGCCAGAACUUUUCGGAACGGCUUUCCAACCGAUGAAGUCAAACGCUUUGUGCUGAACUUUUGCAUUGUCUACUUCUUGCCCCGUGAGUUGCAGCUUCAAGAUGAAUUACAUCCAAACAGUGACAACGAGGACAUAGUCGACGACCUCGACCUUGCCCUGGAUGAUGAAGACCUGAACCUUGCCACCUUGACCCAUGUGCGAGGGGCUGGAAAAGCGCAGGACAGAGAGCAAAUCGAAGAGGAGGACGAAGAGAACGCAGAAGCAGAAGUGCAGGAAAGACGCUCCACCUUGUUCGAUCUCACCAUGGAAAUUUUCCGCAUCUCAAGUUCUAUUUGGCUACCGCCAGAGCGCUGGCAGCAACCGGACCCAGAAGCACAAGCCCAGCACCAACGAAUGUUGGAAGCAGGCCAAGUGCGGGACCAUGUUGUUGCCAGGAGAGCAGCUGCUGCAUCAAAGAAGCAAGAGGACGCCCAGGAAGACAAGGUAGUCAACCUCUUGGCGACGGCUGAAAAAGGCGACGCGCCGUGGAUCAAGGUGCGCCCGCCCUUAACACGAGAAGCUAUCGAAGCUUGGCUGGCAAGUGACAAGGUCCGCAAAGGAACGAACCCGAAGCAAAUGGAAAUGCUGAAGCUCGUAGCGAACCGGGUCAUGGUGGAGACAGGUUUGAUCAGCGUAGAGCAGUCCCUGCAGAAAUCGUUGGACCCAUUGAUCUGGCUGCUGCAUGGGCCGCCAGGAACCGGAAAAUCCCAUGUGCUGACUUUCAUCCGAGAACUCUUCGAUAUGAUGGGCUACACCUACGGACUUGACUACGAGGUGGUCGCCUUUCAGGCUGUAAAUGCUGCUGACCUGGGCGGCAAAACCAUGCACAAAGCCUUUGGCUGGAAGCGGUCAGGGGACCGACCACAAGAAAGUGCAAGGCGCGAAGCACACAAGCGCAUGGGCCAUUGGCGCUGGCUCAUCCUGGACGAGAUCAGCCUUGUGGAUGCCAAACUAGUGGGGCAAGCGGAACGGGACCUCCGAGAAGUCGUGCCUGCGAACAACCCUUGGAAAUGCAAGGAAAACCAAGCGCGCCCUUUUGCGGGCAUCAAUGUGAUUUUCACAGGCGAUUUCCACCAGCUACCACCCCCAGCCGGAAUCUAUUUGGCGGAUGUACCCCGCUCUUUCCGGGACCCGCGUGGCGACAAGGCGCCAGAGAACGUGUUGGCAGACUCUGGCAAGCAGCUCUUUUGGGAUGGCGCGGUGCAAGGGGUUACGGAGCUAGUGGACCGAGAGCGUUGCAAAGAUGAAUGGUGGAAUGAAGUCGUGGACGAGUUGCGCGCUGGGCAGCUCUCAGAGAAGAAUUGGCGAUACCUGCACGGCUACCCGGUGGAAGGCUGCACCCUCAGCGAAGAAGAAAAGGCAUCGAGGCGACGGGUCAUCACAUGCUUGGACGAUCCGCGGCUACAAGAACCGAAGUUCAAAGAAGCCAUGGUGGUGGUGGCCAACAAUGAUGCUCGUUACCAGAUCAACAAGGACAGAGCCAAGCGCUACAGCCAAGCAGCGAACGCACCCCUCUCGUGGUCGGUUGCCAAGGAUCAAGCCUCCUCAGCAGCUUUGCAAGCGGAAGCCUGUGAUCAGGAUGCAAAGAUCAGGUGGCUACAAUACCACGAUCGCGACACGGGCGAUCUUUGCGGGACACUUCCCCUGGCCCCUGGUAUGCCCGUUGCAUUGACGCAUCACCUGGACAGGUCUCCUGACAAGAUGCUCCUCAAGGGCUCAGUGGGCCGGGUGCAUUCUUGGGUGUGGCCGGAAAAUGACCGCCGUGCCCACCGCCUACCAACUUGCGUCUAUGUCAAGUUUGAAGGCGCAACCUGGCAAUUGGAUGGCAUCGAUGAGCCGGGCGUGUAUCCCAUCCGCCCAAGGACGGAAGAUUGGUAUUUGGACAGCAGGAGGAAGAGCGCCCUGCUCAAAGUCAAACGGCGGCAAGUUCCCCUCACCCCUGCCUUUGCCAUCACAGCACAUGCAAGCCAAGGAAAGACCUUACGUGCCGUAUUGCUGGACCUUUGCGUCGACAAGCGGGUGGAUACAACGAUCGGUGCGGUGGGGGCCAGCCGGGUCCGCAACCGCCAUGACUGUCUUAUCCUCCGGCCGUUUCCGCUUUGGCUCUUCCGCCGAGGCGUCUCCGAAGGUCCGCAACUCCUCCUCCAGCUUCUGAGGGGCGAGCCGAUUGAUUGGGCCGCAUACGCUGAAGGCUUUGCCCCCUACGCGACCUGCUCCGGCUGCGAGCAAGUCCGCACCUUGGACCGCUUCGAACAUGAACAAUGGGACAAAGUGCGCGCCAAUUUGCCGGCCCGCUGCAUGCGCUGCAAGCACGGGGAGCACGGGCCCCGACAACGCAAGCUUGAUACUGCUGUCAGGUACGCCUGCAGCGCUUGCAGGGUGAUGAAAAUUGAAGACGCCUUUCCAAGACCCCAAUUAAAACAAGUGGAAGCCAAGAAAUGCUUGACUUGCUGCAAGGCCAUCAGUGAACUCACAUGCACUUCGUGCCGCACCAGCAAGCCUGCGAGCGAGUUCAAUUCGAGCAUGGUCACCCUCCCUUCGGAAGGCGUGGCAUGCAAAGCAUGCCAAGAAGAAGCUAAGCACCAAACUACUAACAAGGCACGGUGCAGGGCGCAGAAGAAUUGGUUCACCUGUCGUGCUUGUGGUCAAACCUUUCCAGUGCCAGCGGCGGGGAGCAGCCAAUCCAACCCUAAGCAUUGCUUGAACUGCGCUUCGCGCGGCACUCGCCAAAAGGACGAGCACACUUGCCGCAAUAAAGAUUGCAAGCGCAAAUGGCACGAGAAGCAGCCUGGGAAGAGCCAAGCGCGCAAGCGCUACUGCCCAGCAUGCCGCAAAUAG